AAUCAGUUCCAAAAAUUUAAUAUUUCUUUCUCCCAGCUAUCGUAUUCUUCGUAAUUAGCCUCAUUUUUUAUGAAAAAGAAAAGAAAAGAAAAGAAAAGGGGAAAUAGGUAUUAUUCAAUUGAAAAAGUCUUGGUAGGUAGGUAGUUUAAAGGUCUUUCCGCUAAUUGCUGUGCGACACCAAUCCCCUCCAUGUGUUGCCUUGCGAAGAUAGCAGCGACCAAUACGGGCGAAUAUAAAGCUUCUCAGAGCCUGCCAGAUGUUGGCGGAGGCUUGUCAGAUAUGCUGUCGAAAUGACCUUUCCUGCAUUAGGAAUGAGUCACGCCGGAGCUGAAAAUUCUUAUCAUCUUUCUUCUAUGCAGCAAAAUAACACAAGACUUGAAUAUUUCUCAUCUUUUCAUUCAUAUCUUGAAUUUUCGCUAUCGCUGGUCAAUUGACAAAUUCCCAUAUUCGCGUCCCACAUCAGAGUCUUUGAGAUCUAUUAGCGCACCUCCAAGCUUUUAUUUCACUAAACACCACUGAAAGUCCCCUGAAACGCAACCACUGAAAGACUAAAACAAAAUGGCGUCUGCGACCACUCAGUCAGAACCCACGCCUAUAGUAAAGACGGACAAAUGCUAUAUACGCGCAUACACACCCGGCGAUAUCCCGGCGGCGGCAGAAGCAGCGAAUCACCCGGAAAUCUCACAGUACAUGCGCAAUCGCUUUCCCUACCCAUAUACGCUUGAACACGCCAAAUUCUGGGUUGACUUCUCUACCAAAGCCGAUCCAAUGGUAAACUUUGCUAUCAUCGCUCCAGAUGGCACCUUCGCGGGUGGUAUUGGGCUUAGUCCCCGAGACGAUACCGAGUAUCGCACUUGGGAGGUCGGUUACUGGGUCGCGACGAACCAGUGGGGUAAAGGCAUUGCGACGAGUGCUCUCAAAGGGUUUUCCAUUUGGGCCUUCAAAGAAUUUCCGGAUCUUCUCAGGCUAGAGGCCGUCGUGUUCGAAGGGAACGACGGGAGCAUGAAGGUAUUAGAGCGCGUGGGGUAUACUAAGGAAGGUGUAAGGAGGAAAGCCAUAUGUAAGAAGGGUAAGGUGAUGGAUCUACAUAUGUUCGGCUUGCUCAAAGAGGAGGUUGGGCGACUAGAAUAAGCCCGCGUAAAACCUUGAAUGAGCGUAAGAAUCGAAAAUUGCAAUAAGUUUUCCGCCUCUCGAGCGCUGCGCCUCCCCCUCUAAGCCU